GGCGGCGGCGGCCGGGACGUGCACGAGCGCGCGGGCUCGGGCGGGCAGGCGCCGGCUGCCUCCUCCGAUCUCUCUGGCUCGGUCGCUCCCUCCGCCCGCUUGCCCGUUGGCGGCGAGGGGCCCGGGAGCGUCGCCCCGGCGCUCUCGGCUAGGGGGAGCGGGAGGGAGAGGAGGAGGAGGAGGAGGCGGAGGAAGAAGCAGCGGGGCGCCGCCGAGGACACCGACAAGUUCCCCGCAGCGGCCGCGGAUCCCGGCCCAGGCGGCGGCGGCGGCGGCGGCGCCGACGGGGCAGGAGCGUCCGCGGCGCGGGUGCCCCGGCCCGGGAUCCCAUGAGACGCGCCCGCGAGGGGCGCGAGAUCCGAAGCCCGGGCGGCGCGCGGCGGCGGCGGCGGCGGCGGAGGGGGGCGCUGCAGCUGCCCGCGCCCCGAGCGGCCGGCAGGAGGCGGCGGAGAGAACUUGAACUUGGUGCCGGGAGCGGGCGCCCCGGACGGACGCCCCCCGCGGGACGCUGGGCGGCGGCGCUGCCCCCCGGAUGGCCGCGGCGGCGGCGGCGGCCUGGGCUCCCGCGCCGCGGCCCUAGGCGGCCUCUCGCCAUGGCCAAGUGGCUGAACAAGUACUUCAGCUUGGGCAACAGCAAGACCAAGAGCCCCCCGCAGCCCCCGCGCCCGGACUACCGCGAGCAGCGGCGCCGGGGCGAGCGGCCCUCGCAGCCCCCCCAGGCCGUGCCCGCGGCGCCCUCCGCCGCCGCCGCCGCCGCCGCCUCCUCCUCCUCCUCGGCGUCCUGCGGCCCCGCCGGGGCCUCCUGCUUCUCGGCGUCCUCGGGCUCGCUGCCCGACGACAGCGGCAGCACGAGCGACCUCAUCCGCGCCUACCGCGCGCAGAAGGAGCGCGACUUCGAGGACCCCUACAACGGGCCCGGCUCGUCGCUGCGCAAGCUGCGCGCCAUGUGCCGCCUGGACUACUGCGGCGGCGGCGGCGCCGAGCCCGGCGGGGGCCAGCGCGCCUUCUCGGCCUCGUCGGCGUCGGGCGCCGCGGGCUGCUGCUGCGCCGCGUCGGGCGCGGGCGCCGCCGCCGCCUCCUCGGCCUCGGGCUCCCCGCACCUCUACCGCAGCAGCAGCGAGCGCCGGCCCGCCACGCCGGCCGAGGUGCGCUACAUCUCGCCCAAGCACCGGCUCAUCAAAGUGGAGAGCGCGGCGGGCGGCGCGGGGGACCCGCCGGGGGCCGCCUGCGCGGGCGGCGGCCGCACCUGGAGCCCCACGACCUGCGGGGCCAAGAAGCUGCUCAACAAGUGCGCGCCCGCCGCCGCCGCCGAGGACAGCGGCGCCGGCAAGAAGAGCGACAAGGUGAUCAUCGCAGAUGACUAUUCGGACCCCUUCGAUGCCAAGAAUGACCUCAAGAGCAAAGCGGGCAAGGGGGAGAGCGCAGGCUACAUGGAGCCGUACGAGGCGCAGAGGAUCAUGACAGAGUUCCAGCGGCAGGAGAGCGUGCGGUCCCAGCACAGAGGCAUCCAGCUCUACGACACGCCCUACGAGCCGGGCCCCCCCAGCGUUGACUCAGACUCGGAGAGCACUGUCAGCCCCCGACUGCGGGAGAGCAAGCUGCCCCAGGACGACGACAGGCCUGCCGAUGAGUACGACCAGCCCUGGGAGUGGAACCGCGUCACCAUCCCCGCCCUGGCCGCCCAGUUUAACGGCAACGAGAAGCGUCAGUCCCCCUCGCCUUCCCGGGAUCGGCGGCGCCAGCUUCGAGCUCCUGGAGGGGGCUUCAAGCCCAUCAAACACGGGAGCCCCGAGUUCUGCGGGAUCCUGGGAGAGAGAGUGGACCCCGCUGUCCCACUGGAGAAACAAAUAUGGUAUCACGGCUCCAUCAGCCGAGGAGACGCCGAGAACCUGCUGCGGCUGUGCAAGGAGUGCAGCUACCUGGUGCGGGACAGCCAGACCAGCAGGCACGACUACUCCCUCUCCCUGAAGAGCAACCAGGGCUUCAUGCACAUGAAACUGGCCAAAACCAAAGAGAAAUACGUUCUGGGUCAGAACAGCCCGCCUUUCGACAGCGUGCCAGAAGUCAUCCACUACUACACCACCAGGAAGCUCCCCAUCAAAGGAGCCGAGCACCUGUCCCUCCUCUACCCGGUGGCCGUGCGGACCCUGUGAGCCCACCGGCCCCGUCCACUUUGUGUCGUGCGCAUGGUAGUGGCACGCCACCACCGCAUGUCUCUAGAAUGCUGUCGCCACUUCCCGGGAGAGGGACAGGGGCGGAUGUGGGGCAGAGGAGCUGGAGUCAGUCUGGACCGGACACUGGAGACACCCGGAGACCCCGAGGGACCAGCUGCUCACUACCAACCCGCCCCCACCCCUUCCUUGAGUUCCUGUGAAUUAAAAUAUUUGCAAAUCCAAAGAGAUGCCUUGCAACCUGAACAAAGGCUGCAGCUCCUAGGGCCGGGGCCAGGGCUGGGCCGGCAGGCGGGCAGGGCUGGGCCCAGGUGGAGUCUCCCGUGUUCAAGCUUUCCGGAAUCCCACCAGAUCUCCCCACCACGCCCCCUAGUGCUGGGAGCCCCGAGGGGUGCCUAAGGAGCCCCUGUGAGGUGUGAGAGCCAUGGUCCUCCACCAUUGCUAUGAGCCAGCCCACGGAUCCACUUUCACUCACUCAAGUGUAAUCAUUAGACCAUCAAGGAAUCAUUGUGUCGUCCAAACAAGGAUUCAAUUAUUUAUGAAUAGGGUGUGUAAAUAAAAUAGUCAUUUAAUAUAUA